AUGCCCCCACCAGUACCCCACAACAGAAGGCGCGACAAGACAGUUCUGAGCUGUUCUUUUUGCCGAGGACGCAAGCUUCGUUGUGACAGACUGUCUCCUUGUGGCGCCUGCGCGCGACGAGGUAAACCCGAGGAAUGCAUCUACAGCUCUCCAGAGCAAGACCGGAAAAAUGCCAUCGACUACAGACCACAUGCGCGAAACCAGCAUGUUCGUCAGAGAAUUACGCGUCUCGAAACCCUCGUUACUGAGAUGAGAGACUUGGCGCAGAGCCCACACCAGCCACCAGGGAAUGUGACAUCACUACACGAGACUCCCAGGGGAUCUAUACCACCCGCUAUUCCGCUUGAAGGCCAUGCGACAGAUAACAUGAGCAAGCUGAGUCUUACGGAUGAUGAAGCCGUAUAUAUUGGUAGCUCCCAUUGGAUCACCAUCUUGGAAGAUAUUCGACUUCUCAAAGACGAGUUGUCCGACGAUUAUUCCGAUGGGGCUCAAACUGGAGAGUCGACGCCCUUUGAUGCUGGCUUGAUGCGUGGACCACCACAGGCUAGAGUCUCUCUCCUCGCCAGUGCCACCUGUCCUUCAAGAGAGCAGAUCCUGGCCAUGAUACCUCCUCGCAAGGUUGUUGACAGACUGGUCUCUCAGUUCUUCAACUCCUUUGACUUUGCCCCGGCCAUUCUGAACCGGAGCAAGUUUUUCGGAGAGUAUGAAAGAUUUUGGUCCAAUCCAUCAGCAGUACCCAUCAUGUGGGUUGGUCUUUUGUUCAGCGUGAUGACAAUCCCCGCGCUCCUCCACCAACAAGACGCUGGAGCUGGCGUACCCACAACCGAGUCAAUAGAUAUGAUGGAGACCUAUCGGACUCUUACCAUUUAUUGUCUAAUUGCCGGCGACUAUCUACACCCGACCAGAUACACCCUUGAAACCUUGAUCUUACAUUUUGCCGUCGACCAAAACGUAAAUGUCGACACCAACGUUGGCAACUGGAUCCUCAUUGGCGUCGUUAUUCGCAUCGCACUGCGUAUGGGUUUGCACCGCGACCCAUCGCACUGGCCCAAUAUUCAGCCAGCACAGGCUGAACUUCGGCGAACUCUCUGGAUGGUCCUAUAUCAGAUGGACUUUUUCACAAGCACAGAAGUCGGAUUGCCGCGGAUUAUUAAAGACUCGCAAUGUGAUACAGAUCCUCCCACACUUAACGACGACACCAACACCUUGCAGCCAGUGACAGAUCAUGUACCCCUCGUACAUCUUAUUUAUAGACACACGAUCAUUAAAGUUGCAGCAGAGAUAUACGACGCGACUGAGGCCGCAAAGCCGUCAUCUGAUACAAUUACCGUGCUUGCUGCUAAACUGGAUGCUGCUGUGAACAAAAUACCAGGAUGGUUAAGAUAUAAAUCAUUAGAGGCGUCGAUUACCGAUAACCCCGUGACGAUUCUGCAUCGAAUCGUUUUGGACGUUCUCAUACACAAAGCCAUCUACCUUCUUUAUCGACGAAGCUUUAUAAACGAAUCUACAGGAGAAGAAAGCACCAUAUCCAAUGAACUAUGCAUUGAGUCUGCCCUAGCAAUCCUAGAUCAUCACCGAAGAAUGGGAGAGGAAACUGAACCUGGUGGUCUUAUGUUCGCUAUUCGCUGGAAGGUGGUUGCCCUCAGCCAUGAAUUUCUGCAAGCGACGAUGAUACUGUGUUUUGCCUUGAGUAGGCUCAACGAGGGAGGUCUCAAGAAGGAACACUGGGCCUCGGUGCAUAGACGAGAUGAUAUCAUACAAGCUUUAACCAAUGCAAAAGCUCUGUGGAAUAGAAGUGCGGACCAUUCAAUAGAGGCACAAAGAGCAGCAAGUGCAAUCACAGCCGUACUGAAACAAUAUUCACACACUGCGAAUAUGCUACAUUUGACAGGUUCAGAUGAAAACCUUAGCCAGCUGCCAGGACUUGCCUCACUUGGUACUUUUGACUUUGGACAGAAUAUGGCUUUGGACCCAUCUUUGUUCGCCGUUGAUGAUGAUGAUAUGAUGGCAUUUGGAAUCUGA